GUUGAAUCAUUAACUCGUACCAAAAGGAGUACAGUUGAUGAUCAGAACUGUGGGAAUAGCUUCCAAAUGCGGCAAAACAGGUUAAUAUUUUGUGCCCCCCGAAAUCAAGAUACUUUAAUCAUAAUUCCAUAUGCGGCUCUCACCAAUGAAGCUCAAGAGAAUGGGCAGAAUUGGGGAGAUAAAUAUGACUGGUAUGCAUCUAUAGGCUUUGGAUGGGAAUACCUCAUUGGUGAAACAGGUUAUGAUUGGUCCAAUUGGUCAUUAAAAGCAGCAAAAGAACAUAGAAAGAAGUUUAACUUAAGCAAAACGACCCAUAAUUUAAUAUUGACAUACAAGUCGAGUCACCCAAUGUGUUUGAUGGUGAGUUUGUGGGCAUAUACUGCGGGAAAAGAUCCCCACUUCCAAGUAGCAUUGUGUUAUGGGAACCGCGUUAAACCAGAAAUGCCAUUAAAAACUUCAAAGAAAGGUGGACACAUGUUAAUGGUUAACAAAAUAACUACUGAUGAUUGGUUCCUUGUAGUCACAGGAGUUUCAGGACAAAAUAACAAUUGGUUACUAUUGGUGGAACAAGCAGCAAAUGUAGCAAAAAAAGAUUGUGUGGUUUGCAUGGGUCCAAGGCCUUUGUUGCGAAUAGUUCCGGCACAAUUAUCACAAAAUUGUAUUAUUCCAUUAAUGAACGCUACUGUACCAACUAAGGGAUGUAAAUCAUGGGAUCGUAUAUAUCCCGUAACAGAAGCAGAUAAAAACAAACCGAUGUUUUCUACUCUAGUAGCACCAAAUAAUUUCACUUGUAUAAACAUGAUUAGUAAAGGCAAAAAAUUAGGACCACUGAAUGACACACAGUGUAAAGUAACCUUAAAAGUCGGACCAAAUUUUAUGCCAGUGUCACGGAGCGACAUCUGGUGGUGGUGCGGAGAUGAUAGACUGUUUGAUAGAUUACCUAAAGAUAUAUCUGGAUUGUGUGCUAUUGUCACUUUGAUAUUGCAUGUGUCAGUAUACCCUAUCCCUGUUCAAGAUUUAAUGAAAAGGGCACCAAUGUUUUUGUCUGAUCUAGAACAUAGACAAAAAAGAGAUUUGUCCUGGCAGGGGCAAAAUAAUCCGACGUACAUCGACGCCAUAGGUGUUCCUCGUGGGGUUCCAAAUCAAUACAAAUUGGCUGACCAAGUUGCAGGAGGAUUUGAGUCUUUCAUAUGCUGGUGGUGUACGAUUAAUAAAAAUGUUGAUAGGAUAAACUAUAUCCACUUCAAUGUACAGAGAUUAGGAAAUUGGACUCAGAGUGGGUUGGAAGCUGUGCAUGAGCAGCUCAAAGCUACCUCUUCAAGGACGUUCCAAAACCGCAUAGCUGUCGACACACUCCUCGCAAGAGAGGGAGGUGUUUGCGGUAUGUUUGGAGAACAAACAAUACUGCUUCAGAUGGCAGCUUGACCAGAGCCAUCGAUGGUCUACGGACCCUCAAUCAACACUCCUUGUGGGACAGCUGGAUGGACGUUUUUGCCAUAACCCCAUGGAGAACCGUAUGGAGAUGAUGUAUCCAUUACUGUUUGAUGAUAAAGAUAAUGAUGAUGA